AUGCUUUAUACCGUAGCUCCGUCGUUUUCCGAUGCAUCUGAUUCGGAGGAGGAGAUUCCUCUCGUAGGUAGUGCGGCCCCCUAUUUUCCCGUAGGGGAGGAUGAAUAUAGUGGGGCAGAGGGCGAGGGAAUUGAUUCUGGAUCUGAGGACGAAUUUGCCUUGAUGAAUGUAUCAAGUAAUGGGGAGAGUGACUCCAGUGAUAGUGACUUGGAGGUGGAGGAGAAGUUAGAUUCUGAUUCCGAAGCUAUGGAUACUGAUCCUGAGGAUAUGGAUACUGAUCCUGAGGGUAUGGACACUGAUCCUGAGGAUAUGGAUACUGAUACUGAGGGUAUGGACACUGAUCCUGAGGAUAUGGAUACUGAUCCUGAGGAUAUGGAUGAGGAAUUAAGUGAUAAUCCCGUCCCUUCCAUGUGUAAUUCCUCUAGUGCAGAGGAUGGAUCCCUGUUAGGGGAUUAA